GAAGCACUGUGUGAAAUGAACGAUGAAUUACAGGAAAAUGCGCGUGAUGUUGAACUCGAACUAAGAGAGUCUCUUGAGUCCGAACAAACUCGGCUAGCUGAGCUACAGCGUCGUAUGGAAGCAGCUUGCGAUAGCCUAGCUGAGCGCGAUCAAACGUUAUCACGGUUCCGUGAUCUCGUUACUGAUCUACAGACUCAACUAGCUUGUCUUCGAAAGACGCUUGCCGAAGAACGUCGCAGUCACCGUUUGCAGCCACUUCAGCUUGGUCGCCAGGAUUUAGUCACUCCUGAAGAGACUGCGCUAAUGACUAGCAUGGACACAAGGGCUGCUUCUCUUUUAGACACAACUGGACUAGCUCAGGGUCUGGAUGGUCAGACCACUUUCAAG